AUGGCCUCGACGUCCAUCCUCAUCGUCGACCAGCGCGAGGCAACGCAGCGCACGCUCAAGCUGACUUGCAAGACCACUCUGACCGCAGCGAAACUCAAACGCACCUACGGCAAGCACACCGGCGAGGACCCAUGCCUGUUCGUGCUCACGCGACCGAACGGUCGGCGCCUGGAGCCCGACGAGCAUCUCCCGAAAUCGGUCUUCGUCGUCGCAGCGGAGCCGUCCGCCGCAAAGCCGUCCGCCGCAAAGCCGACCGCCGCGAAGCCGGAGGCCGCGGAGCCGGCCGCCGCGGCCGCUCCCGCCGAGGACGACCGCGCGUGCCGCUACUGCUUCGAGAGCCACGAGCCGCUGAUCUCGCCCUGCGAAUGCCGCGGCGACCAGCGCUACGUGCACCCCGAGUGCCUCCGCCAGUACCAGCGCGUCCUGCUCGUCAACGAGCCGGUCCACCCGCAGCUCUACGCCGCCGAGCACGACCCGCGGACGACGAUCUGCGGCGUCUGCAGAUCGCCGUAUUCCGUCGCGCCGCCGAGUCGCCGCGAGCUGGCGGAGUCGUUCACGGGCCCGGAGCUCGCGGAGCAGCUCCGCGUCGGCUCCGUCCUCGCGGUCCGCCCGCGGCACUCCGCGCACCUCGAGGCGAUCGGCGGCGCCGCGGCCUUCGUCCGCUCGCUCUACCUCAUUACGAACGUGGAGAAGGACGACGGCUCGCUGACCUUGGAGCUCCGGACCAACUCGGAAGCGGAGGCCCUGCGCAAGCGCCUCGACGCCGCGGGCGACGCCGUCCUCGACAACGGGCGGCGUUUCACGCUCGCGGAGAUCCGGCGAGGAAGCGGCGUCGUCGCGGGCCGCGACUGCCUCUGGGCGCUACGUACCCUCGAGGCGCCCGCGGUCGCGGUCCUGCGCGCCGCCGAGGACCGCACGGGGCCCGGCGGCGAGGACCACCUCGCGGCCGUGAAUCUCAACGCGCGCAUCGUCCGGCGGACGGCUCGUCGCGGCGUCGAGCUGCGGCACCGCGUCGGCGGCGUCGUCGAUCCCCAUCGCGUGACGUGUUUUCUCGUGCCCGGCGACGCCGAGACGACGCACGGGCACACGGUGCUCUUCUGCGGCGCGUCGGAGCAGGUCGCGACGUCGGCGGCGGCGCUCGCGGAGGCCUCGCGACGGGAGGCGGAGGCGGAGGCGCGCGCCGUCGACCUCGCGGCGCAGCGGGCGACGACGGUCCGCGGCGGCGUGGUCCGGGGCCAGGCCGUGCGCGUCGUCGGGCUUCGCGACUACGAGGGCGAGGUCGGCGUGGCCUGCGGCUUCGCCGACGGCCGCUGGCGCGUCCGCUUCCGCGACGGGUCGCUCAAGGCCGCGCGGCCGGAGCACGUCGAGCCCCGGGAGGAAGGGCCGUUCUCCGGUCGCGUCGACGUGUACUGGGGCGACUCGCGCUGGAGCCGCGCGCAGCUUCUCGGCGAGAUCGGCCGCGGCCACUGGGGCGUGGCCGCGUGCUGCGUCGCCGACGUCGUCGACGACGACCGUUACGAAACCGCCGCCGCGCGCGCCGUCUUCGCGGCGAGGUCCGCGAUGACGGAUCCGGCGCUUAGGUAA